GUAGUCACGUGAACGACGACGUCAUCAACGAAAUGGCUGCCUUCUGUUAGUAAACCAAACCCCGAAGACUUGUUGUUGACAUUUUGUCUGCUUAAUCGCAAGAACCCCGCGCACAAGGCGAACGCACCCGGACAGAAACAUGUCUCCAAAGAUCACAGGAGAGCUGCUCAGGCAUCUCCGCCAGGUGAUGAAGAAUUGUAAAUAUUUUUCUGAGCCUCUUCAAGCUUAUAUCAUCCCAUCUGGUGAUGCCCAUCAGAGUGAAUACAUCGCACCAUGUGACUGCAGGCGGGAGUUUAUCUGUGGUUUCAACGGCUCAGCAGGUACAGCCAUCGUCACAGAGCAGUACGCCGCCAUGUGGACUGAUGGCCGUUAUUUUCUUCAGGCCACUCAGCAAAUGGACAACAACUGGACCCUUAUGAAGAUGGGACUGAAGGAGACGCCGUCGCAGGAGGACUGGCUGAUUAGUGUCCUGCCAGAGAACUCCAAAGUGGGGGUUGACCCUUGGAUCAUUGCCGCAGAUCAAUGGAAAGCCAUGUCCAAGGCACUGACCAGCGCGGGCCACUCUCUCAUAGCAGUGCAAGAAAACCUCAUUGAUGUGGUGUGGAGUGACCGUCCACAAAGACCAAGCACGCAGCUUCGUACCUUGGGAUUGGACUACACGGGUGUAUCCUGGCAAGACAAGAUCACAGCGCUGCGCGCAAAGAUGGCAGAACGAAAAAUGUCCUGGUUCAUUGCCACAGCUCUGGAUGAGAUAGCAUGGCUUUUCAAUCUCCGUGGUGCAGAUAUUGAGUAUAACCCUGUCUUCUUUGCAUAUACUAUUGUGGGGAUCAACUCAAUAAGGCUUUUUGUGGACUUGAAGCGUCUCGCUGAUCCAGCACUGAGAGACCAUCUGCAGCUAGAUACGCCCAGCUUAUUACCUGAGUUUCACAUUCAGACAUUCCCAUACGAAGCGGUCUUCACUGAGUUGCAGACCAUCUGCACCGCACUUGGCCACAAGGACAAAGUUUGGAUCUGUGACAAGGCCAGUUGUGCUCUCACGCAGGUCAUCCCCCAGGCGCACAGGUCCACCAUUCCUUAUACCCCUCUUUGUCUUGGCAAGGCAGUGAAGAACACGACAGAGAUUCAAGGAAUGAAAACAGCCCAUAUCAAGGAUGCAGUCGCUCUGUGUGACCUCUUUGCCUGGUUGGAAAAAGAGAUUCCAAAAGGCACUGUAACAGAAAUCUCAGCUGCUGACAAGGCUGAGGAACUACGCAGCCAACAGAAAAACUUUGUCGGCCUCAGUUUUCCGACAAUCUCCAGCGUUGGGCCCAAUGCAGCAAUCAUACAUUACAGGCCUCUGCCUGAGACCAACAGAACGCUCACCGUCAAUGAAGUUUAUCUCAUCGAUUCCGGAGCCCAGUACAUUGAUGGCACAACAGACGUCACACGCACCAUGCACUUUGGAAUCCCGUCUGCGUAUGAAAAGGAAUGCUUCACUUAUGUACUCAAGGGACACAUUGCCGUCAGUGCUGCCGUUUUCCCCAAUGGAACCAAAGGCCACCUGCUGGACUCAUUUGCGCGAGCAGCCCUGUGGGAGUCGGGCCUGGACUACCUGCAUGGUACAGGUCACGGCGUCGGCUGCUUUCUUAAUGUUCACGAGGGGCCCUGCGGCAUCAGCUACAAGACUUUUGCUGAUGAACCUCUUGAGGCUGGCAUGAUUGUCAGUGAUGAACCAGGGUAUUAUGAAGAUGGAGCUUUUGGUAUCCGACUGGAAAAUGUGGUUCUUGUUGUACCAACAAAGACCAAGUACAACUACAGAAAUAGAGGUAGUUUGACAUUUGAACCCUUGACGCUGGUUCCCAUCCAAGUCAAGAUGAUGAACACAGAGCUGCUCACCCAGAAGGAGCGGGACUGGGUGAACAAGUACCACAGGAUGUGCCGCCAGGUGGUAGGGGCGGAGCUGGAGCGUCAAGGCAGAAAGGAGGCGCUGGAGUGGCUCAUCCGAGAGACCCAACCCAUCGUGUGAAGACCACGAUGGCCGGGAGUACUGUGCCAUCUGGUGCUGUGCAGUCGUCAGUGUUUUUACGUGUCUCAACUUCUUUCAUGGCUCUUCUUUUUUUAACACCACGUCCUAUCAAGAGUUUUAUUAAAGAUCAAUGAAAAUGAA